CCCUGUCUCAAAAAGACAAAGAUUUUAUUUGCACUUUUUCUGCUUCUGGUUAAUGUUCUAGACUCACCGGUUUUGUUUUGCUGUGAAUUUUUUCUUUUUAGUCUUUUUGAGACUUUAAAAAGAUUAAUUUAAAAAUUAAUUUUAAAUUUAAAAAUUUAAAAAUCCUGUGAGUAGGGUUUGAAAAGGUUGUGUCCCCUUGAUGGAUGCAUCCUUAGUAAAUCAAAAGUGCUACCUCAGUGUUAAGACACGGAAGAAUGACUUGUGCGCCGUGCUUUUAUUGUAGCCAAUCCUUGCUGUUCCAACCCGUGUCAAAACCGAGGGGAAUGCAUGACCGUAGGCUUUGACCGCUACAAGUGCGACUGCACCCGGACCGGCUUCUACGGUGAAAACUGCACUACACCUGAAUUUCUAACAAGAAUAAAGCUACUGCUGAAGCCCACCCCGAACACCGUGCACUACAUACUUACUCACUUCAAGGGAGUCUGGAACAUUGUCAACAACAUCCCCUUCCUGCGAAAUGCCAUCAUGAGAUACGUGCUGACGUGUGAGUACAAGGCUUUCUCCAAGGUUUUCAGUUUCUUAUACUGCUAAUCACUAAUUCAAAAAGAUUGCUGGGCGUGGUG